UACAAGCCCUAAAAAUUCAGAAACUUGUGUUAUCUCGAUUAACGACAGUCGCCGAGUGAGAGAGAGAGAGAUGACGCUAAACGAUGAGCAAGAGCACGAGGUGUACGGUGGAGAGAUCCCAGAGGAGGAAGGAGAGAUGGAGACGGACGAGUACGAGGAGCACGGGGGAGAAGAAGGCGGCGCCGCAGGAGACGAGGAGCUUGAGCCAGGCUCUAGCGCUAAGGAUCUAGAGGAUAUGAAGAAGCGAAUCAAGGAGAUUGAGGAAGAAGCUGGAGCUUUGCGUGAAAUGCAAGCCAAAGCUGAGAAAGAGAUGGGCGCUGAUCAAGAUCCAUCAGGUGCUAUUAGUUCGGCUGAGAAGGAGGAAGUUGAUUCCCGUUCAAUCUAUGUUGGCAAUGUGGACUAUGCAUGUACCCCAGAGGAAGUCCAGCAACAUUUCCAGUCCUGUGGAACAGUCAACAGGGUUACGAUUCUGACAGAUAAGUUUGGCCAACCCAAAGGUUUUGCCUACGUCGAAUUCGUGGAAGAAGAUGCCGUUCAGAAUUCUCUUAUCUUGAACGAGUCAGAGCUGCAUGGUCGUCAGAUAAAGGUAUCAGCAAAGAGAACUAACGUCCCUGGAAUGAGACAAUUCCGAGGAAGGCGCCCCUUUAGACCCAUGAGAGGAUUCAUGCCUGGAAUUCCAUUUUAUGCUCCAUAUGCUUAUGGGAGAGUUCCCAGGUUCAGACGGCCAAUGCGCUACAGGCCAUACUGAUUUAAAGCAAAAUUGGUGGUAAAAGUAGCUGCUGCCUUUUGCUUCAGUAAGGCUAUUAUCAUCAACACGUGUUUCAUUAGGCGCACAAGUUGCUACGGUUAAACAGAGAUGGUGUUGAAGAAUUUUAUGGCGGAAGAGAGAGAGGCAAAGAAGAAGAAAUAUGUUUAGAUUUUGUGUAACAUUUUGAGUUGGUUUCUUUUUUUUAAUCUUUUGCAACACUUAGUCAUAAAACUCAUAAAGCUCUAUAUUGAGAAUGACCUUCCACAUUA